GGAAAAACAAUAGCCACAGCGAAAUAAAUAAGUGUACAAAAAUGAAUGUACACGGAACACAUCGGAACGGCCUAAAGCAGACGAACACACCUCUCACCUCUUUUUCUCUCUCUCUCUCUAAGAUUCUCCUCUGCAUAAACCAAAUGAAUUUGACCGCUUUACUUUCCUUUCGUUAGACCAGAUUCUCUCUCACGAUUCUGUCAAAAUCCAUUUUCCGGCCAUCUGCAAAAAAAGAAAUUCCGGUCAUCGGAGAAUGGGCGCAAGCGCAUCUUCUCUCCCCAUAGAGCCCAACAGGCCGGGCCCACUAACCAGGCCGAAACUUGAGGACAUACCGGAAUCCUGCAUAGCCCUUGUCCUUUCCCACUUGGACCCGCCGGAGAUCGCCAAGCUCGCCAGACUCAACCGGGCUUUCCGUGCAGCAUCGUCCGCCGAUUUUAUCUGGGUUCCUAAAUUACCCUCCAAUUAUCCCUAUAUCCUCGCCCUAUUGUCUGAUCAGGGCCUCGGCGACAAGGGCAAGAAGGACAUUUACGCCAGGCUUUGCCGGCCCACCCCUUUUGACGGUGGCACUAAGGAAGUUUGGAUUGAUAAGAGAACAGGUGGGGUAUGUUUGGCGAUUUCUUCGAAAGCUCUCGUGAUAACCGGAAUCGAUGAUCGGAGGUAUUGGAAUCACAUUCCAACUAAUGAAUCCAGAUUUCAAACGAUUGCGUAUCUACAACAAAUAUGGUGGCUGCAAGUAGACGGAGACCUCGAUUUCUUCUUCCCGACAGGAACUUACAGCCUCUUCUUCCGAUUACAGCUCGGAAAAGUCGGGAAGAGGUUAUUAGGGCGGCGUGUGUAUAAUUACGAAAACGUCCAAGGUUGGGAUUUAAAGCCCGCCCAGUUUCAGCUGACGACUCAGCACGGCCAGCAUGCGGCUUCCCGUUGCAUGCUGGGCAAUUUGGGAAACUGGGUUCACUACCAUGUUGGAGAUUUUGUCGUAGAGGAUCCGAACGAGAAAACGAACGUCAAAUUCUCGUUGACCCAGAUUGACUGCACACACACUAAAGGUGGACUGUGUGUUGACUGUGUUGUGAUAUGUCCUAGUAGUGUAGGGAAAGAUAUGUUUUUUCUGUAGAUGAUUAGAAAUGCAUUAUGUAUAUAAUUUGGGACUUGUAACCCGGGUGGCUGUUAAAUCGUAAAUCGAAUUAAAAAUUGAUUUAUUAAAUUUACGAAGUGUAAACCGCAACCGAUUAUAAAUUCGUAAUUUUUUUAUAUAUA